AAAUUAAUAAGAUAAGUUUUAGUGUUUUAUCAUAUUGCCAAGUAUAUUUUAUUAUCUUAAAAAAUACCCUGAAAUAUAUUGGUAAUACCAUGUUCAACAAUUUAAACUACUAGAGAGCUACUAGACAGCUCUGGAUGCAGAGGAACAGUGCUGUGAGUAAAGUAUGGCGAAGGGGUUUGAGGGGAAGAGGAGGAGAAAUGAGAGAAAGAAUGAGUGAGUAAGUGAGAGAGUCAGUGAGUCAGUGGGAAAGUGAAAGAAAUGGGAUGGGGUGAGGGUUGGGGGUCUAAUGAGAAGAGAAUGUUCUCUGCUCAGGCUACUGAAGUGGGUGCCGGACGCAUUUUUUGUGGCCCCUGCUGCCAACUCCUGAGAAAGGGAGGGUAAAAGAGAGAACGAGAGAGAGAAAGCGCGAGUGAGAGAGCGAGUGAUGGAGGGAGGCUGAGUGAUUAUGUGUCAAAAGAAGGGAUGUUAAGGUAGACCACUACUUAAAGAGCUCUGGCACUGUGGCCAAAAGCCCACGGGUUCAGGAAUCGACUCCUCAGGCAAGUCACCCAGGAGCGGCUCCAGCAAAAGGAGGGGGGGAAGCUGAAAACAAUUCGGAGAGUAAAUAAACACAGAGGGUGUUUGCAGCAUGUUUCCUGUAUUGAGGCGUCCAGAGCACAGAGUGGGUAAAGAAUAGGAAGCAAUCGCCCUGUCCCAUCUGUCCUGGCUCCGCCGCGCUCAAAACCACUGUAGUUUUUUUUGGCAGACGGCAAAUUGCGAGUGCAAUGUCAUAAAAGAGAUCUCCCUGGAGCGCCGCAUCAGCAACGGAGGAAGGGGAAAAAGAAGGAAGGCAUGGAAAAGGGAAAAAAGCCAUAAGUUGAACCCAGAGAACAAGAAGACUUGCUGGAAAACAACGAAAAAAAAUCAAGCUCUUCAAGUUCUUAAGGGAGCUUUCAACUUUUCAACUGACCUGUUUCCUCUGGAGUCCUUCCUUUUCGUACUUUUCGCAGACGUUCCGUCCCUAACCUCUGUGCAUCUUUCCUGGCAUGGGCUGGCUGCUGGCUCUGGGGUCGCUGGCAGUAGCAGUGGCUGUGACGUUUGGCACAGAGAGGAAGAAGCACCAGGUGCAGCAUGGCCCCUGCAGCUACACUUUCAUCCUGCCAGAGGUGGAGCAGUGCCAGACCCGGGACUUCCAGGUGACCAACUCCCUGCAGAGGGAUUCGCCCCUGCCCCCAGAGACAGCCCACGCUGAGCCCACCUGGCAGGAGAGGAAACUGGAGAACCUGGAGAGCGCCACUGAGAACAACACACAGUGGCUGCAGAAGCUGGAGAACUACAUCCAGAGGAACGUGCGCUCGGAGAUGGUGGAGAUGCAGAGGAAUGUCAUUCACACGCAGACGGCCACCAUGCUGGAGAUAGGAACCAAUCUCCUCAGCCAGUCAGCAGAACACACGCGCAAGCUGACAGAUGUGGAGACACAGGUGCUGAACCAGACGAGCCGUCUGGAGAUCCAGCUGUUGGAGUUUUCACUUUCCACCACCCGCCUAGAGAAGCAGCUCCUGCAGCAGACCCAGGAGGUCUCUCGCCUUAAUGACAAAAACAGUUACCUGGAGCAGCGCUUUGCUGCGAUGGAGACCAGACACAGCCAGGAGCUUCAGGCCAUCCAGCAGGAGAAACAGCAGCUGCAGGGGCUGCUGGACAGGCAGAGCCGCCUGGUCACCCUGCUCGAGGGACAGCUGGCCAGCUCCACCCGAAACAGCACUCUGCUCCUGCGCCAGCAAGCUGCUCUCUCAGACACCGUACAGCGGCUACUGGCCACGGUCACUCACUGCAACGAACCUGAUGCUUCCAUUCUUUCCCUGCCAGAUAUCGCCAUUCCCUCCAAAGAGAAGACGGAAAGCUUUAGAGACUGUGCCGACAUAUACAAGUCGGGCAUUACAGAGAAUGGAAUAUACAGCAUUCAUCUCGCCAACAGCACACAGGCAAUUAAGGUUUACUGUGACAUGAAGACCAGAGGAGGAGGCUGGACUGUUCUUCAGCAUCGCUUUAAUGGCUCAGUGGAUUUCCACCGUGGCUGGAAUGAGUACAAAGCAGGAUUUGGAGACCCCUCAGGAGAGCACUGGAUAGGAAAUGAUGUAAUUCACCUGCUCACCACAUCACAGGACUACACUCUGCAGGUCCAGCUGAAAGAUACGGAGGGAAACCAGGCCUACUCUCAGUACGAGCGCUUCUACAUCGACGGAGAGGAAAACAAGUACAGUGUUCAUUCUCAAGGUUUCAGUGGUACAGCAGGACGUAUCAGCAGCCUGACCCACUCUGGCACCAUGUUCAGCACUAAGGACCAGGACAACGACCACUGCAGCUGCAAGUGUGCUCAGAUGGCCUCAGGGGGCUGGUGGUUUGAAGCCUGUGGGCCGUCCAAUUUGAACGGGAUCUACUACGCUGGAUUCUCCAACGUCAUGCGUUACAAUGGCAUCAAAUGGUAUUACUGGAAAGGGCCAAGCUUGAUGGCAACUGUAACAACUAUGAUGGUGCGUCCUGUGGAUUUCUAGAAGCAAGAUUGGGAAUUUUAUAGGAACAAGUGAUGGCAAGCUGUUGAUGCAGAUGAAACUUUUUUGAAAGACUUUAUCGGACAUAAUUGGAAAUUCAGCCUGUUUUUUUUUUUUGUUUUUUUUUGCUCUGGUUUGGUAAAAAGGACACUAAGCCAUUCAAUAAGUGUGUUAUUUUUUCGUACACAAAACAUAGCUCACACUGUACAGAAUGCAAAAGACUGGAAAUGAUAAUCAGCAUUUGCUUGUGUACUAAUUUUGUGUACUCUAUGUGUACUUUAUGUGAAUUGUGCUGUGAGCCCUUCUUAUAAUGUGAUCCAUUUGUCACCCUCCCCUUCUUAAAACCAUUCCCUACCCCCUC